UUUUGUACGUGACGUAACCCCUAUGCCGCAUAAUGGAUGUAGACCGCCAAAAAAAAGGCGCGUUUAGAAAUAAAAAUGGAAAAGAUUCCAAUCCAAGAGAAAUAAAUAAUUAAAUGAUCUCAUCAAAUAAUAUUAUAUUAGUAUGGUUCGGGAGGAAGUACCAGUAUCCACUCGGACGCUACAGUGGAAGUGUGUUGAAUCAAGAGCAGACAGCAAACGCCUUUAUUAUGGUCGUUUCGUUUUAUCCCCACUUAUGAAGGGUCAAGCCGAUACAAUCGGUAUCGCGAUGCGAAGGGCUUUACUUGGAGAACUAGAAGGAACAUGUAUUACGCGCGCAAAAUCUGAUAAGGUACCACAUGAAUAUUCUACGAUAGUAGGUAUUGAAGAAUCAGUCCAUGAAAUUUUAAUGAAUUUGAAAAAAAUUGUAUUUAGAAGUGAUCUGUACGGAACUCUCGACGCAUCUAUCUAUGUCAGGGGCCCUAGACACGUAACUGCUCAAGAUAUCAUCUCACCACCUUCUGUAGAAAUAGUUGAUACUACACAGCAUAUAGCUGUCCUAACGGAACCGGUUGAUUUGUGCAUUGAAUUAAAAAUUGAGAGGGGUCGUGGAUAUUGUACGAGAACCCCAAAUAACUAUCAAGACGGAAGCUAUCCUAUAGAUGCUGUAUCCAUGCCUGUUCGAAAUGCGAAUCAUAGUAUUCAUUCUUAUGGGAAUGGGAAUGAGAAACAAGAGAUACUUUUUCUUGAAAUAUGGACGAAUGGAAGUUUAACUCCUAAGGAAGCGCUUUAUGAAGCUUCUCGUAAUUUGAUCGAUUUAUUUAUUCCUUUUUUACAUGCGGAGGAACAGGACAUAAAUAGAAAUAUGGAGGACAAUCAAAAAAGGGCUAGUGUGCCCUUUUUUACCUUUGAUGAUGGAUUGGAUAAUAUGAAAAGAGAAAUCAUAUUGAAACGUAUUUUUAUUGAUCAAUUAGAAUUGCCUCCUAGGACUUAUAACUGUCUCAAAAGGUCUAAUAUACAUACAUUGCUGGACCUUUUGAGUAAAAGUCAAGAAGAUCUUAUGAGAAUUGAGCAUUUUCGCGUAGAAGACGUAAAACAAAUAUUCGACAUUCUACAGAAGGGUUUCACAAUCGACUUGCUUAAAAAUUCAACUCAGUUUGAAUCCCGUUGAAAUUUUUUUUUCAUUUCGAAUGAAAGCACGAAAUGAAAAAAUUAUAAAUGAAAGACUAUUUAUUAACUAGAAAAUAAUGAAAUAAAAUUUCUAUUAUUUUCUUAUCUUUAUCUUAUUUCUUAUUUUUUAUAACUAAACUAACUAUAAAAUUAU